AUGAACUUGUUCCGCCGCAAACAGCCUGUUGCGAAUAGUUCGAGGAAAGUCAUGCAGGGCAGGAAGAAGAUCGCCAUUGUCGGCACGGGGUGUGCUGGACUCGGCGCUGCGUGGGCGCUGAAGGACAGCGAUUACGAUGUGCACAUUUUUGAGAAAGGUGAGACCCUUGGAGGCCAUACCAGCACCAAGAUCUGGCAUCAUGGGGACCAGGAAGUGCCCGUCGAUACUGGAUUCAUCGUCAUGAACGCCGCGACUUACCCAAACUUCCUUCGCUUCUUGAAGGAGGUAGGCGUCGAUACUGUCGAGACUGAGAUGACUUUUGGGGUUUCGCGAGAUCAUGGAGCGUUUGAAUGGUCGGGCGAAGCGAGAGGUAUCUUCGCGCAGAGGAGGAACCUAUUCAGCUUGCGGCAUUGGCGGAUGAUCUUCGACAUUGUACGCUUCAACCAAUUUGCGCUGGAUGUCCUGGCCGAUGAGACCGAAGGCGGAAUCCAGCGACUUGGCAACCCUGCCAAAGAGCGGAAACGAAUCGCCACGAUGAGCAUUGGGGACUAUCUGGACGAGCAGGGUUACUCUCAAGGCUUCCGAGACGACUACCUCAUUCCCAUGACCGCUGCUGUUUGGAGUACUUCUCCCGACAAAGCAAGUCUGGAGUUUCCUGUACAGACUCUCAUCCGAUUCUUCUACAACCACCAUCUACUCAGCACAUUAGCGGAACGGCCUCCAUGGCUGACGAUCCCGGGGGGAGCGCAGCGAUACAUCGAUGCUAUUGUGGAACAAUACCCAAAGGAUCGCCUGCAUGUACACACAUCAUGUGAAGUGGCCAAUGUUCUGCGUCCAUCCAAGACCGGCGAAGGUCCAGUGACCGUGUCCUGGAUCAAUGCCAAUUCCGGCCGCAUUGAAGGCGACACAUAUGACCACGUCAUCCUAGCCUGUCACGGCGACGAAAUUCUCCCUCUCAUCUCCCAACAUGGCGCCCACCAAACACCAGAACUCGCCUCUUCGGCAUCUUCUAUCAAAAGCAGCAAGUCCUCGAAAUCGUCCUUUGUCAAAGCCUCUACCGAAGCCAAGUCGGUAUCCCAAGAGGAAUUGGAAAUCUUCUCCGCCUUUCAGACGACGGAGAACAUCUGCUACCUCCACUCCGAUCUUGCACAGAUGCCCAAACGUCGCGACGUCUGGACAAGCUGGAACUACCUGGUCAGCUCUACACCCUCGAAACUAUCCCACCCCGCGGGAGUGAGUUUGACGUACUGCAUGAAUAUCCUCCAACACAUCUCCGAGAAGACCUUUGGACCAGUUCUCKUCACGAUGAAUCCUGAUCGCGAACCAGAUCCAUCUCUCACUCAAGGUAAAUACAUCCGGCGUCAUCCUCUCUACACUGUCGAAGCAGUUGAGGCGCAGAAGCGUCUAGAGAAGAUUCAGAACACCCGAGGCGUGAGUUAUUGUGGUGCAUGGACCAAGUACGGGUUUCACGAAGAUGGAUUCAGCAGUGGAGUUCGGGUCGCAUUGGAGCAUGUUGGUGGGAARAUCCCCUUCGACUUUGUUGACUCAACGUAUAGCAGAGGACAUCAGCCGGACUUGUGCUGGCAAGACUAUCUGUUGCGGUUGGUGCUCCUGACAGUGUUGCUGGGGAUCCGGAUGUUGGAGCUUGCAUUGCGGCUGCCUGUGGUGAGGGUUUUUGCGGGGUUUGUCGUAAUAUUUGUGACAUUUUGGCUUAAUUUGGCAGAGAGGAUUGGACUGAUUUGA